UUUUUUUUUUUUUUAUUAUUAUUUUUUUUUUCCUUCAAAUUUUCGCAUAGUUCUUGAACCCUAACCCUAAAAACGAUAUAAAGUGUUCUCUUUUUGUUCUCUCUUUGCCUGCUGUUAGGAAGUUGAAGCGCCGAACUUCAUUGCUAAUCCAAAACAAAAAACGGUAGCUGAAAACAUGGCGUACGCAAUGAAGCCAACAAAGCCUGGAAUGGAGGAGGCUCAGGAACAAGUUCAUAAAAUCAGAAUCACUCUUUCAUCUAAGAAUGUGAAUAACCUUGAGAAGGUAUGUGCUGACCUCGUACGUGGUGCCAAGGACAAGCGCCUCAGAGUAAAGGGACCAGUAAGAAUGCCAACCAAGGUCUUAAAGAUUACAACCAGGAAGUCCCCGUGUGGUGAAGGAACCAACACUUGGGACAGAUUUGAGUUGCGAGUUCACAAGAGGGUAAUCGACCUCUUCAGCUCUCCUGAGGUGGUCAAACAGAUCACUUCAAUUACCAUCGAACCUGGUGUUGAGGUUGAGGUUACAAUUGCAGACUCUUAGAUGUUUUGCCGUUUAUGAAUACCCUGCAGGGCUCCUAGGUCUUUCUUCGGGGAGUUGUUUUUAUCUAGUCAAUCUUUAUGUACUUUUGAUUGUAUUCGACAUGUUAUUUCUCGAUGCUCAAUCUAUAGAACUCACCAAACUUUUGAGUA